CUCAAACGCAACUUGGUGGUUCCCAGAUCCGACCGACGCAUAGGAUUAUCCCGCCGACAAACAUGCCCAAAAUGGAGUUUUCAGCAAACGAAAGAGUGUUGUGUUACCAUGGUCCUUUGCUAUAUGAGGCCCGGGUACUCAAAGUAAAAGAAGCGGCUUCGGACGAGGCGCGUGACAUACCCAAAGGGAACCAGUACUGGAUACAUUACAAGGGCUGGAAACAGAAAUGGGACGAAUGGGUUUCCGAGAGCCGAUUGCUGAAGUUAACCGAAGAGAAUCUGCGAUUGGAGCGUAGUCUGAAUGAGAACCACAGGGUGAAAGAAGUCCCAGACAAGUCCACAUCCAAAGAUGCUAAAAAUAACGACCCUCGACCGACAACGAAUUCUGAUAAGGGGAAAAAAGCGGAGGGGAGGGGCACCAAGAGAAGCCGGGAUAGUGUCUGCGAACCUGAGGAAGGCCCUUCGAAACAGCCUGUUACGAUCGUCAUUCCUGAACCUCUCAAAAUUCAACUUGUCGACGACUGGGAAGCUGUGACGCGACAGAACCAAGUUGUCAGCUUACCCCGAACUCCGACAGUCAAGAGCCUAUUGGAAGAAUACGAACGAUACGCUAUCGAUGAUUCAACCACCCCGCAAGCCAAAAAUUUGAUCAAGGAGGUCAAUGCCGGACUGAAAGUCUACUUCGACAAAUCCUUGGGAUAUUGUUUACUUUAUCGGAAUGAGCGACAACAAUACAUCGAAAUACGGAAAAAGCUCAAGGGUAAACUAGCCAGCGAGAUAUAUGGUGCCGAACAUCUACUCAGAUUGAUUGUCAAUUUACCGGAGAUGAUUUCACACACCAAGAUGGAGCCCGAGAUUAUUAACAUCGUACGAGAGCAUGUCGCUAAGAUUUUGGAAUGGCUUGUUACAGAACAGUCGAGAGUAAUCCAGUCUCCUUAUGCAGAUACGUCGACCGCCUAUCAAAAAAUCAACCGAACAAUAUAACCCUGAAUGAACCUCUCUGAAACGGCAAGGACUCUUCAAGACUUGCUUUCAAAUCCCAUCCGAAGGCCAAAUGCUACAUUGGGAACACAGCAACUGGUUCACUUCUUGGUGAAACAACACCGCAAGUGAAUUGGGUGUGGAUGUACCAGGUCGACAGCCUCUCGAUACCCAUGCUGAUGAGGCCUCGUAUAUAAUUUUGAGUCUAUUCUUGGAAAGGCUGGUCAUGUAUAACCACUAAAUCAAAUUCAAGUGUUUUUUGAUAAAGAAGAUUAAUUUAUUCCAGCAGAAGAUAUUUUAUGUCGUGAAAAUGUUCUUGACUAUCAUCUGAAUCCUUUUUGGACUAUCUAUAAACAAAUGUUCUAUAUAUGUAAAUUUAUAAACACGAAGGGCCAAUACAUGCUGGAAUCUCCCUGCACGUUUGGACAAUAUUUCAAAUGCGAUAAGUGUAAGC